CUAAAAUCCCCGAACUUGUAUUUGCCAUUUUGAAAAGAAGCCUUCUUCUUCUUAUCUCUCAGUUUCAGAGAUUCUUAAUGCUAAAACCCUAGGAGCCAUUAUUGGGUGGCCAUGGAUACUCCUUCAACUUCAAAUCAGCGACCAACCCAGCAACAAAAUCAAGAACAGCAACUGAUUCAAACCAUAACAACGAUCCUUAAAUCCACCAAAGCGCCUCUCGAUGCACUCGCCCCGUACGCCGCACAUCUUUCACCUUCCUUGAUAUCCUCCAUUUUCGCCUCUCAAGCUCUGAAUUCUCGUCCCUCUGUUCUCCUCUCUCUCUUCAAAUGGGCCCAGAAACAUGUUCCCUCUUUCUCUUCCCCACCGAACAACUCUCUAUCUUCUCUUCUCACCCUCUUGCCUUCUCUGUUUCGCCAUAACAAGUACUCUGAUGCCAAAUCCCUCCUUGUUUCCUUCAUUGCCUCCGAUCGCCAACAUGAACUCCAAAGGUUGAUUCUCCAUCCCAGUCGUGGUCUUCCCAGGCCGUCCAAGGCUCUUUUGGAUACCUCCAUUGGCGCCUACGUGCAAAUGGGUAAGCCCCAUCUUGCUGCACAGAUUUUCAAUAAGAUGAAGCGGCUUAAUUACCGGCCAAAUUUGCUUACGUGCAACACAUUGCUGAAUUCCUUGGUAAGGUACCCUUCUUCGAGUUCUAUUCUGUUGUCUAGAGAGGUGUUCAAGGAUUCGAUUAAACUCGGCGUUGUACCAAAUACUUAUAGCUUCAAUAUUUUGAUAUAUGGGUAUUGCUUGGAGAGUAAAUUUAAGGAUGCACUGGAUUUGGUGAAUAAAAUGAGUGAGUUUAGUUGUGUACCGGAUAAUGUGAGUUAUAAUACGAUAUUGGAUGCAUUAUGCAAGAAGGGACAGUUACAGAAGGCGCGGGACUUGCUGUUGGAUAUGAAGAAUAAAGGGUUGUUUCCAAAUAGGAAUACAUAUAAUAUUUUGGUUUCUGGGUAUUGCAAACUGGGGUGGCUGAAGGAGGCCACCGGGAUAAUUGAACUCAUGACGCAGAAUAAUUUGUUACCUGAUGUUUGGACUUAUAAUAUGUUGAUUAGUGGGUUUUGUAAUGAUGGUAAGAUUGAUGAGGCUUUUAGGCUAAGAGAUGAGAUGGAGAAAAUCAAAAUAUUGCCUGAUGUGGUUACCUAUAACACAUUGAUUGAUGGGUGUUUUGAGUGGCGGGGUAGUUCUGAGGCAUAUAGUUUGAUUGAAGAAAUGGAUAAAAAAGGAGUGAAGUGUAAUGCAUCUACUUACAAUAUAAUGGUGAAAUGGUUAUGUAAGGAAGGAAAUAUGAAUGAAGCAACUACAACUGUUCAUAAGAUGGAAGAAAAUGGAUUCUCCCCUGACUGUAUGACGUACAAUACUCUAAUAAGUGCUUAUUGUAAAGCUAAAAAAAUGGGAGAAGCGUUUAGAAUGAUGAAUGAAAUGAUCGGUAAAGGUUUGAAAACUGAUACUUGCACCCUGAAUAUUAUCCUCCAUUCUCUUUGUGAGGAGAAAAAGCUCGAUGAGGCAUAUAACUUACUAUGCAGUGCUAGUAAGCGGGGCUAUAUUCUUGAUGAGGUUAGUUAUGGUACUCUGAUUCUGGGUUACUUCAAAGAUGAAAAGGCAAACAGAGCCUUAAAUCUUUGGGAUGAAAUGAAGGAAAGACAGAUCAUUCCAAGCAUCUUCACCUAUAAUUCUGUAAUUGGAGGACUAUGUCAGUCUGGGCAAACUGAUCAAGCUAUAGAUAAGCUGAAUGAGCUACUUGAGAGUGGAUUAGUCCCUGAUGGUACUACUUACAACACAAUUAUUCAUGGCUAUUGCUGUGAAGGGAAUGUGGAAAAAGCAUUCCAAUUCCAUAACAAAAUGAUUGAGAAUUUAUUCAAACCAGAUGUCUUUACUUGUAAUAUUCUUCUUCGUGGGUUAUGUAGAGAGGGUAUGCUAGAGAAGGCUCUUAAGCUGUUCAAUACUUGGGUUUCUGAAGGGAAAGGCAUCGAUGUAGUUACAUAUAAUACCUUAAUAUCUGGCCUGUGCAAAGCAGGGAAAUUCGAGAACGCUUAUGAUCUUCUUACUGAAAUGGAAGGGAAAAAAUUAGGACCUGAUAAUUAUACAUCCAAUGUGAUUCUUGAUGCUCUAACAGAUGCAGGAAGGAUUAAGGAGGCAGAGGCUUUUUUGUUGAAAAUGGUUGAAUCAGGAAUAUUGCAUGAUCAGAAUUUAAAAUUGGACAAAGGGCAGAAUGUGUUAACCUCUGAAAUUUCAGAACACAUUGAUUCCAAGUCUAUGGCUUACACUAAUCAGAUCAAUGAACUGUGCAAUCAACAUAAGUACAAGGAUGCAGUGCACCUAUUUGAUGAAGUUACAAAGAAAGGUUUUGUUUUAAACAAAUAUACUUACCUAAGUUUGAUGGAAGGGCUGAUUAAGAGACGUAAAAGCACAUCAAAGGCCAGCCGAUGAUUACGAAAUCUUUAGGACUUUACCAAUGUCAAAUAGGACAACCCUUUCUUCAGUUUCUACUCGCAUCCAGAGGGGUUUUCAGCUCAAGGAUGUAGGUUGCAUCAAUUUGGUGUCAGAGCAAUCGUCUACAUUGUGUUGACUGUCGUUGAUGGAAGACCAGAAAACUCUUGGCGACGCCGAUCGCAAGAAGAGCUUCGUGAGUUGUGCUUGUUGUUGAACAAUCCACAUCUAUAUAGGGGGAACCCUUUAAAUUCUAGAAAAGAAAGAAGAUACCGAAUUUUUUUUUCAAGAUUUUUCAAGAAUGGACUAUUACCGAUCAAGGAAGACACCGAAGAAAAAAUAUAGUAGUUGGUAUAGGCAAGAAAGUCAAAUUUACUCACAAAAGCAAUGCUAGAAUUCUGACUCAAGUGAUUUAGAAGAAAAAUUCCAACAUAAUAAUUUUGACCGUGCUCGAUUUUCUCAAGAACCUUUCGUCAUCCACAUUUGAAAUUUGAUUAUAGUGAUUCUAGCGACUUCGAUGAAGAUUCUAAUGCAGUUUGGAACGGAAUAACAAGGCGGCAUUAUCAACAAAAAGCCCGAUGAUCCAAUCAAACCGGUUUCUCAAGAAAUUGACGUAAGAAUUGGGAGUUAAAUGGUUCAGAAAAUGAUAUAGAGUGAGAAAUUAUUAUGACCAACAUCAAAGAACACCUAUGAUUCAUUUCAACACAAAUUUGGAGGUCGAAACAUUUUCAAGAAAACAUAAAUAUUCAAAUAAAAACAUCAAUCAAGAGGACUUUCAAAAGAGAAUGGAUAUAAUUUGGAUCCUUUUGGAAAAAAUUCAAGAAAGGCAAAAUUAUAAUCUUCAAUUUUAAGAAACCAUCGAGAAUUACAUUUAGUCACUCAAGAAGAUCAAGAACUCAUCCAAAUGGGUUGUGAAAUUGCGCAAAAAAAUGAACAGAGUAGAAGAAAAUAAAAAAUCAAUGAAAGACGAGUUGAAUAAGGAAGGUAGAAAGAUCGAAAAGGAACUUGCAUUGGAAGAAGAAAAAAUCGAUGGGACUAACAUGGAGGUUGCUCAAUCGAACUAGAUGAUGAGGAACAAUUAAUCGAUGAAAUCAACGAUGGAGGUGUUGAAAAAGAUGAAGCCAGUGCAAAGAAUGUGUCUAUUUGGUUAGAUCAAUUAAAUGAAGCACACAACCAACCACAACUACCUCCAUCGCAAGAGAAUAAACCUGAAAUUAGCCUUGGCCACCAAGAAAGACAACAAGAGAAACAACACCACCAAUGGCAUGCAAGAAAUGUCCAAGAUUACCAAAAUUCGUUCAAGAACAACCAAGAUCAAGGUUAUAUCAAAGGAAAUAUUGGGAGGAUGUGAAUUCUUCAAGUGUGGAAGAAAAAGAUAUUCAUGGGCAACCUAAUUCGAAGAAAACCGAAAAUAUUUUUCCUCCUUUCUUUGAGGAGUCUGCAUAUAUUUUAACGACAAAGGAUUUUUUGAACAACUUAAUUCUUGGGUUCAUUGAUGAUAGUAUUGAUGAAAGUAAUUCUCUUUCAAAAAUCAAAUAUUCAAUAUAUUGGCGUGGCUCAUGAAAAUUGAUUGUUAUCGGUGCCUGAUGUUCAGAGAUGUGUUGGCUUACUUUUUUACUUUUACCUUCAUUUUCGUUUUAAAGCUCGAGGAUAGUUUUUAUUGGGAGGGAUAGAAUGAUGUAGUAGGAUUAAGGUAAAUUGGGGUAUUAUAGUCAAAUCCUUAAUUGAUUAGGAUUGGGAUUGGUUUCCAUGGUUGAUUAGAAUUAGAUUAGUUUCCUUGGUUUAUUAGGAUUUAGAUUAGUUUCUUUGAUUAAUUAUGAUUAAUAUUAGUUUGCUUUCCAAUUUUCUAUAAAUAGAGAGAUUGUGUUCUUGUAUUGGUAACUUUUGAUUCACAAUAAAGACUUUGAUUUGAUUCUUGGAGAAAGUUCUCCUUUUAUCUCUUUAAGCUACAUCAAAUUGAGUCACCUUUGAACCAAAAGUUCUUCACAAGUCUCGACUAAUUGAAUAUAAUCUUUCGGUGGGAGAGAGUAUCAAACUCGAGUGUAUGGAGGGUUAAACAAACUUUAUCCUACCCAAUGGCGACAAUAAAGUCAGUUGGAAAGGUUUUUUCUUUCUUCUCAAUGUUCCACAAACACAACCCAUCGUUAAGCAAUAGACAAACGUUAUAUCCACAUCUUUAUCUUACAAAGAUGCCCAACAAAAGCACAAGAAGCCUUGUGAACCACAACCAAAAGCACCCUUUUGUUUGAUAGAUAACACUCCACCCUCUUCUUCUCCUCCUCUAUCUAGCGAGCUUGCAGCCUUUUACCCUGAUACAACCAUCAUCAUCAACGGGCAAAAUUUCCAAGACGAUUGGUUUGAAAGUCUUAGGACUUUACCAAGGGAAGUGUCUGACAUUGGCUCCAUUAUCCCUCUACAACCCAACAAGGCCAUCUUAGCGGUUGAAAAUAAGGAACAAGGUUUGGUUUUAAGCAAUAUCUGUGAUUGGUAUAAGGUUGGCUCUUUCAUGGUGAAAUUCGAAUCAUAGAGCAUUGAGGCGUACUACAAAGAUCAGAAAGUGUCUUCUUAUGAAGGAUGGAUUAAAGUUAGAAAUCUCCCCAUUGAUUGAUGGUUGCAAUUCACUUUUAUUGGUAAUUUUUGUGGGGGUUUGUUGGAAGUGGCAAAGAAGACAUUACCUCGUAUAGACAUGAUGGAAGUUUGUUUGGAAGUGAAGAAAAAACAUAGUAGGUUUCCACAGGCCAUUAUCCUUCUCCCUUCUCCUUCCACAUAGGUGAUUUUCGUGCAUAUUAAACCUUUCUUCGAAGCUAUACUACACAUUGAGUACGUUGCCGAGAAGCAUGGGGUGAUUCCUUGGCUGCGUGUGAACAACAAAGUAUGGAAAGCCAAUCUCUCCCCCCCUUGCUCAUAAGACAAAAUUAACUAAUCACAUCAAGGGCACUAUCGAGGACACUACGGAUCAGAUGUUCUAUCGAGAAGCCAACUAGCAGCCUACCUUUGUUCGUUUUUCAUCAGCUGCCCCAUCUGAAACUUCUCCUUCAGAUCUGGUUUUAUACACCUCUACACGCUAGCAUUUAUUGACCAUACCAAACCUUUUACCAAUUGUCCUUUCCAUACACUGUGUUUAAAUCCUGCCAGCCUUCUUCUGACCUUUCCCAUCCUUCUCCAUUCCUUUUAUAAGUAGCCAUUGCUGCAUGGCUUAGUGGGUUAUGAAAUUUUGUAACUGUGAUGAAGGUCAGGUGUUCAUUCUUAAUAUUGAGUAUUCUUAAAAACAAGUGAUUGUGAAAUUCACUUUCUUUAUAUUUUUUAAGAAAGAACACUUUCGAGAUGCUCUGUUCUCUCUCCUCACAUGUUGCCCUCUCCUACAUGAGCCCCCUGCCCAUCUUCCUUCUCCGACUAAUUCUCCGACCUUGACCUUUCCCCAGCCCAAACCAUGUCAUCUGCCAAACCCCUUUCAUUUCAAGUAGAGAGGAAUGUCUUCACUAUCGAUCAUUUCCAUGGUCUUGAUCUUACAAAAAUGACUGAGACCACAAAGAAUCGAUCCUUUUUCAUUACCAUCAAGAGACCCAUCGUUUGCUGGUUGACUGAACUGCUUUAAAGAUCUGCAACAUGUACCGCUGAAUCAAUGAUUCUUCAGAGAAACCUGACACGAGGACCGAACGAUUUGGGUGGAGAAGACAUCCAUCCGAAAGGGGAUCAUAGUUGAAAUAGCAAAGCUUGAAAGCAAUGAUGGUUUUAAAUAAGGUACUAAUCCCUGUGGUGAGGCCAAAAAAGGUUGGCUUGGCUUCUUGAAUAUUCUCAAUGGGCAAUCUCGAAUCAUACCUACCCCACCGAAACAUUUACUCCCCUCGAAAGCCCAACGACCCCAUCAACCCUAUAAUCAAUGCCAAGAAAGAGCUCCAUCUUACAAAGCGGUCUUGCGAAAGGAGCCUUUAACCCUUCUUAUUAAAAAGAUCGCUACCACGCACGCGCGGACCAAUCUUGAUACAUCAGUUAUUGUUUACAGGAAAUUGUUUCACGAUGAUUGGUACAUGAUCACUAGGGCAUUGCAACAACACAUUAGUUUUUUCUGUAUUGUCAAUCCUUUUCUAGCUGAUUGUGCUCUUCUGAGAUGCGAGAAUGAAGAUCUGUCUUUUUUUAAAGACACUAUGAGUGUGUUCCAAGAUUUUUUUAAAGAAAGAUAUCAUUAACACAAACUUGAAUGGAACUUACAUCUGUCUUUUCCUUAAAAAGGUUAACGCCCGCCCUGUUGGUGACUAUAGACCCAUUAGCCUUAUCUCAUAUCAAUACAAAUCAUCGCCAGAGUCCUUUCCUAGGGACUCAAUAAAGUUCUUCCACAUACUAUUACUCGUUUUCAGUCUGCUUUUGUUGAGGGUCGUCAAAUUCUUGAUGCUUCCCUGAUUGCUAAUGAGAUCAUCGAAGAUUAUGCUAGAAGAAAGAAACAGCGGAUUAUUGUUAAGAUUGACACUGAGAAGGCUUUUGAUAAAGUUGAUUGAGACUUCCUCGACCUUGUUCUUAAGGCUAAGGGAUUCGGCUCUACUUGGUGUAAAUGGAUUAGAUAUUGUAUAUCAACCUCCAACUGUUCUAUCUUGGUUAAUGGCCACCCCAGAGGAAAGAUUCGGGCUUCUUCCAUUAUCUCCUUUCCUAUUCAUUAUCAUUAUGGACUGUCUCAGUAGAAUGCUUAUUGAAGCAAGUACUCAAGGCCGGAUUAAGGGUUUUUGUAUUGGGAAUAGAUUGCAGGUCCACCAUCUUCUAUUUGCCAUUUUUCUGACAACAACAAGGAUGUUAUUGCUAAUUUGUUUGAUACCAUUAAUUCCUUUGAGAAGGCUUCGGGUCUUAAUAUAAACCUUAGUAAAUUUUAGAUGAUGGGUAUUUCCAUUUCCUCUGAGGAGCUAGGAUAAAUUGCUACGAGACACAAUUGCAAAGUAAGUCAUUGGCCUUACCCUUACCUUGGGCUCCCUUUAUGUGGUAAACCUAAAUUGAUAUCCUUUUGGGAUCCUAUCGUUGAAAAGGUUGAAAUGAGGAACCCACAAAUCUCCAAAGGGGGCCGCUGUCUUACACUCCUCUAAGCCACAUUAUCCAAUCUCUCCACUUAUUAUAUGUCCUUAUACAAAAUGGCCUCUGCUGUGGCAAACACAUUGGAGAAACUUUUCAGGAAUUUCUUAUGGGAAGGGGGAUCAUCGGACCAAGGAUCUCACCUCGUUAGAUGGUCCAAGGUUACCAAGACACAUGCACAAGGGGGUCUCGGUCUUUAAAAUUUGACUGACAAGAAACAUGCUCUUCUUGCUAAAUGGGGGUGGAGAUACUACCAUGAGGAUGGGGCUUUAUGGAAAUAGAUUAUCGAAGCUAAAUAUGGAGAGACUACGCUGAAGUCUUGGCCUAAUAACAUUUUUCCAAAUUCUAUUAGGGGACCAUGGAGAGACAUUAUGGAACAUGUGCAUCUUAUCAAAGGAAAAGUCAAAAUUCAAGUGGGCAACGGGAAGAAUACCUCCUUCUGGUGGUGAUAGAUGGAUCAGAACUUCUCCUCUCAAAGGUGCUUAUCCCAAAUUAUACUGCAUUUUUACACAAAAAGGGUCAUCCAUCUUUGAUCCGUGGAACCCAAGACAGGGAUGGUCUCUUCACUAUAUGAGAAAUAUGAAGGAUGAUGAGAUUGACGAUUGACUUGAUCUUAUGAUUUGACUACAUGGUGUUCACCUAUCCUCUAACCAGGAUAAAUGGAUAUGGGAGCUUGACGCGAAGGGAGCUUUCUUCAUUAAGUCUCUAUCUAAUGAUCUGGGGACAGAUUUGAGUUCGAUGAUCCACCCCUUCCAUGAUGUUAUAUGGAAGGAUUCCUACCCUAAAAAAUCAAAUUCUUCCUCUAUGAAGUUAGUCACAAUGCCAACAAUACUAGUGAUAAAUUACAAAACCGCUCUCCCUACAUGGCCAUCUCUCCUCAUUGCUGUCAUAUUUGUAAGUCUGGUCCUGAUACAUCUAGUCACCACUUCAUACACUGCCAUUUUGCGGUGAGAUUUUGGAAGGAACUCUUCCUUUCAUUUGGUUGGCUCACUGCCCUCCCAAAUGACACUAUCAGUUUUCUCACAGAUUCGUUCCACACUUUGAUUGAGGUUGAUAGCCAAGUGAAAAUGGAAGUGGUUUCGGGAGAGAAGAAUAAAAAACUCUGGUUUUGGAAACAUUCUGGACCAACUCUUCACCAAUAGACUAGCAGGGAUGAUUGAAGCGUCAAAACAAAAAGAUAUGAUUCUGGAUGCAGUAAUGUCCUGCAAAUUAUCAUAUAAAACGGUUGUGAUGGCUGCAGUCAGCGUCCCGGGAUCAUUAUGACGGUAUUCAACUCAUAAUCAGUAUGCAUCUCGAAGUAGAAGGUAUUUAUUUCUUUAAAGCAAAGGGAAGAAAGCUCGAUGGAGACUGGCCCAGCUGCAUAUCUCAUUCUUGAUAUUUGAUACCUACUAUCUCGACACGUGGCAGCAGCGUUGUGCAGAAGGGAUUCAUAUAGAAAAUGCCAGCCUUACAUUGGUUCAAGUUUGUACCUUUUCCUUCUGACUUUCUCUUCCCUGCAAACCCCAUUUGCCAUGUGUUCUACUUCUGAAUUCAUUCCCAGCUUCCUAUUUAUUAUAUCAAUGUGCUUAGAGAUUAGAUUCAUACAACGUUGCCAACAAGAGCGUAGCUCAACUGGCAUAGUGCUUGUACUAUCGACCUCAAAGUCUGAGGUUCGAUUUCUCCACCCCACACUUUACAAAAAAAAAAAAAAAAAAAAAAGGUACAAUGUUGAAUAAAGUAGCAUCUUGUACGUUCCUGUAUGCAAUAAUAAAAAAAGGAAAAUCUAUUGUUGCCUCUUAAUAUUGUUUGUGACUAUUGAUAUUUCAUAUUGGACAUUAUAUAUAUAUCAACUGUCGGAAGGAAAA